AUGAAGCUACAGGUUGAUUGUGGUGCAUAUCUUGGAAGAUUGGAAGCAAGGAACGAGGAUGGGAGUGUAGAUCCAUCACAUACUUCAUUUUGGCAGCAUUUAGAAGCUAGCAAACACCCUCUCCGACCAGCUGCCACCUCCCCUCUCUCCGUCUCAUCAACCCACUGCCGAAGGAACCAGAAAACGGGCAGCAAAGGAGCUACCGGAAUUUCCCCAGCUACCAUCACUGCUAUUGUCGUUCACUGCCAUCACUCUUCAUCCACUGAAACUAAAUUUAUCUUGGAGUAUUGUGUUCAUGGCAAUACGUCUCGACUUUUCUCACAUCACUUACUCGACAACCACACAUUAAGGGGAUCAUCAGCCAGGCAUUCAGACAGAAGAUUAGCUGUGGAUUGCAGACGACCUAGCUAGCUUGUUGUUGAUAUCUGCUUACCUGUUUAAUGCAACUAAUGUACUAUUAUUAUCUGUAAGAACCCUGUAUUCAAACUUAAUGAUGGAAUACAAAAGUUAUUUUGUUUUAUCGUUGUACUUGUGCUAUAUAUUCAGUUUAUCUAUGAUCCAUGAACUUAGUCCCGCUCCCGGCGUGUUCCGCCUUGGCCGAGGGUGUGAUAGAAUGGUAUCAG